AUGGUCGCCAAAAUCGAUGAUUCUAUGCCUGCGCGCAUAUCAUCAGACUGCCCUGAGGAAAUUCGAGAAGUUCUCUACCAUGCUUGGGGUCAUGACAGGAGUGGCUUGAAACAGCUGCUCAAAACCACCGGCAAGGCCAAUGCCCAGGACCCCAAGACUGGAGAGACACCCUUGCAUGCAGCCAUCCGUGCCUGCGGGCCUGCUUCUCCUGAGGAUGAUGAUCAAGAAGAGGAUGGUUCUGUCGAGGAGGCCAAGGAGAUUGUCCAUGAUCUUUUCCUUCAAGGCGCCAUCUGGAACGAUGUUGACAGCAAUAAUGAGACACCCGGAUGUCUCGCCCUCAGACUAGGCCGCAAGCCUCUUUACCAACUCUGUGUUGAGGCUGGAGUGCGAGCAGAGCUUCUGUUCGCUCUUAUGGGAGAUUAUGAAGAACUCUCAUCUGGUUCAGAGGAUGGCGAUGAGAUGGAGGUCGAGGAGAACGAUGAUGAGGCGCCUCAGCUGGUUUCCACUGAGGAUGUUGCUCCUAUAGUAGAAGAGCCCAAGUUCAUUCCCCCCGAUGCCAAGGAGAAGCAGGUCACAAGCGAAGAGUACCUCAAUUCGAAACUAGUAUAUGACGAUGCUAAGCUCGUGGAUUCUGACCUCAACGGUGUCAUGAUGGCCUGGGAAACGGACAUCAUGCGCCGUUCCGUUGCUGCACUUAUUCCCGACUCAGCCUCAGGCAAGCGUAUCCUUAACAUUGGUUUCGGUAUGGGUAUUAUCGAUGGCAUGUUCGCAGACCUCAAGCCCUCACGCCACCACAUCAUCGAAGCGCACCCCAGUGUUGUCGAGCACCUUUCCAAGGACGAAUCUAAGUUCGGCCCCAGCUGGGAGAAGAGCGGACCUGAAGAGGGGGCUUUCAAAGUGCACAAGGGCAAGUGGCAGGACAUUGUACCAAAGCUAAUCGAGGAUGGCGAGGUUUACGAUGCCAUCUACUUUGACACCUUUGGCGAAGACUACUCUCAGCUGCGUCACUUCUUCUCCGAAGUCAUCAUCGGUAUCAUGGACCAGGAGGGCAAAUUCAGCUUCUUCAACGGACUUGGUGCUGACAGAAAGAUCUGCUACGAUGUCUACACCAAGGUAGUCGAGAUGCAGUGUGCUGAUGCCGGUCUUGAUGUUGAAUGGGAAGAGAGCGACGUCGAUAUGUCUGGCCUGGACAAGGCCGGUGAAGGAGAAUGGGAGGGUGUACGAAGGCGUUACUGGACCCUGGACAAAUAUCGAUUGCCUAUCUGCACAUUCAUGGGUUAA